CAGUUUUAUUUUGCGGUGGUCAUGUUUGGUUGUAAAACGGUAAUGAAAAUAGACGGCUAAAACACGGAAUGUAACAAGAAAAGAAAAAAAAUAAAGCUGGAACAAAAUUUCUUAAAGAAAUAAACUCAUUUCUUUAGGUUUUUUUCUUUAAAUUCUAAUUGCUAAAAAAUACUAUAAAAAAUCAACUCGUUUUUUCUUACUCCAAUUGGAAAAUACAAAAAAAUACAACGCAGUGUUUCUCAAUGUGGUUUUUUUUGAAGUGAACCUGAAGUUUAGAGUGUGCGUGUGUGUAUUAAACCUUUGACAAAAAAAAAAACACAAACAAACGAUAACAACAACUUUAUUAAUUAGUGACAGCAAAAAGAAAUAGCAAAACAUCAAAUUCUGCUUCUUCAACUUGUCAAUUAAUUAACAAAAACAACAAUAACAUCAAGGAAACAUAAAUAACAAACAAGAAAGAACUCUUCAUCAUGGCGGAUUUUGAUCUAAAUGUUGACAGUUUAAUACAGCGUUUAUUGGAAAUGCGCAGCUGUCGCACGAGCAAAUCAGUACAAAUGUCUGAAUCUGAGGUACGAGGUCUGUGUUUAAAAUCCCGUGAAAUAUUCCUACAACAACCCAUUCUGUUGGAGCUCGAAGCCCCCCUUAUUAUAUGCGGUGACAUACAUGGUCAAUAUACAGAUCUUUUGCGUUUAUUCGAAUAUGGUGGCUUUCCGCCAGCCGCCAAUUAUCUCUUCUUGGGUGAUUAUGUGGACAGAGGCAAACAAUCGCUGGAGACCAUCUGCCUGCUGUUGGCCUAUAAAAUCAAAUAUCCUGAGAAUUUCUUUUUAUUGCGUGGCAAUCACGAAUGUGCCAGUAUUAAUCGUAUUUAUGGCUUUUAUGACGAAUGCAAACGACGUUACAAUGUUAAAUUGUGGAAAACCUUUACAGACUGUUUCAAUUGUUUACCCGUGGCCGCCAUUAUCGAUGAGAAGAUCUUUUGCUGUCACGGCGGCUUGAGUCCUGACUUGCAGGGUAUGGAACAAAUUAGACGCUUGAUGCGUCCCACAGAUGUACCCGAUACUGGUCUAUUGUGUGAUCUGUUAUGGAGUGAUCCGGAUAAGGAUGUUCAGGGCUGGGGUGAAAAUGAUCGUGGUGUUAGUUUUACGUUUGGUGCUGAUGUUGUAUCGAAAUUUUUACAUAAACAUGAAAUGGAUUUAAUAUGUCGUGCUCAUCAGGUCGUUGAAGAUGGUUAUGAAUUCUUUGCCCGCCGUCAAUUGGUGACCUUAUUCUCAGCUCCCAAUUAUUGUGGUGAAUUCGAUAAUGCCGGUGGUAUGAUGACUGUGGAUGAUACACUCAUGUGCUCAUUCCAGAUUUUAAAGCCCUCCGAAAAGAAGGCCAAAUACAUGUACAGUGGCAUGAAUACAUCACGGCCAACAACACCGCAACGCAACGCUCCAUUAAUAGCAACGAAUAAGAAGAAAUAAUACAUCCAUCCGCUUCCAUUUCCUUAAAAGUUAUUAAAUUAUUAUAUACAUAUAAAAUUUGAUAAUAAUAAUUAUUAUAAUAAUACUACAAAAACAACAAGAAAAACAAAAACAACAACAACAAAUAAUAAUAAUAAAAAUAAAAACAUUAAAAAAGCUACGUGUACUACAAAAACAUCAACAACAACAACAACAAAAAAACAUCAAAAGAAAAUUAAAAAUUAAUUUAAGUUGAAUUUCAAACAAAUUUUAAUCGACAGCAAUCAACCAAUCAACCUACAAAACAACCCAGAAAAGUUACCCACUUUAAUAAUAAAAAUUAAAAAAAAAUAUAUAAAAAAAAUUUAUUUAAACAUGAAAAAAACUGAAAAACAAACAUAAAUAUAUCAUCUAUAUUUAAAUUUAAAUUAAAUAAAAAUUCUAUGUUAUAAUUA